AUGUGCGUUCAUGGUGCAAUGUUUGCACUAUUUUUCUGAAUAUAUCAUGAAGAAAAAUAAAUUUGGUCUUCCAAUUAGGAGUGAUAGUCGCAUGUCACCUAUUCAUCUUAACGACGUUUAUUGUGUAAUCCAUCGUAUCGUUUUGGACAAACAAGGUCAACUUCAUCGUGAAAUGGACCGUAACCAUCAAAAAAGGCAUUAUACUCUUACCGGUCCAGAGGCCAUCUCCGCUAACACCUUCGUUGAUAUGAUGAAUAUAAUCACCGACGCGAACGUUAAAUUUGAGGAAAUUAAACGUCAAGAAUGUGAAGCUUAUUUAAGAUCAUGUGCAACUCAACAGGAUAUUAAACCUACUAAAUCCGACCAACACGAAGAAAGUCGAGAUGACUUGUUCCCUUCUCCAAAGCAUUGCCUUAACGAUAGUGAAAUCAUGACUGCAUGUGACGUCUUUGAUUACAUUAAAAGUGGAAAAGCCAAUUAUGUUUCCGGAGACGUUCAAAAAAUUACCGAUCGUGAACCCAUUCCUGUUAUUUGGUUCUUCAAGAAUCAUCGUGAAGAAUUUAAACCAAAAAACCCCAGCAAAUUGAUUUAA